AUGGAUCCCGGCCCCUCACGCACCCCGGCGCCGCACGUCGCACCGCACUUCGCCGGCGCAGGCAUGGCGCGGCGCGGCAGCCGCGGCGGCGGCGCCGUGGCGCUGGCGCGCACGCACUCGCACAAGGACCUGCACGACGCCGACGUCUCGCACGCCGACGGCGAGUUUGGCGCCGUGAGCCGUUCGCACCGCCAGGACCACGCCUGGCUGCACGGCCAGCUCGAGCGCACGCACAGCCGCACCAGCAGCCGCCGCGCGCCGCGCAGCGAAGCACGCCCCGUGCCGCCGCCCGCCGGCGGCACCGGCGAGAAGGCCGCGCACGAGGCGCACGUCGAGGCUGCACACGAGGCCGGCGACAGCGCCUCGGCCGCAUCGACGCGCGCCGCCGACGUCGAGAAGGGCGCGCCGCCAGACGACGCCUCGAGCGACGAGUCGCACGACCCGGACCUCGUCUCGUGGGACGGGCCCGACGACCCGCACAACCCGCGCAACUGGUCGCUGCACCGCCGCUGGGCCGUCAUCGGCAUCGUGUCGUCGUACACGUUCCUCUCGCCGCUGAGCUCGAGCAUGAUUGCGCCUGCGCUGCCGCUCAUCGCAGAGGAGCUCGACAUCCGCUCCAGCGUCACGCAGAGCAUGACGCUCUCCGUCUUUGUGCUCGCCUACGCCAUCGGCCCGCUCUUUCUCGCGCCGCUGUCGGAGAUGUGGGGGCGCAAGGCCGUGCUGCAGCUCUCGAACCUCUUCUUCAUCGUGUUUACGAUCGCCUGCGCCGUCGCGCCGUCGUCGGCGAGCCUGAUCGCGUUCCGCUUUCUUGCCGGUCUCGGCGGCAGCGCGCCACUCGUCAUUGGCGGCGGCGUCGUCGGCGACCUGAUGAGCCCCGACGAGCGCGGCACGGCCAUGUCGGUGUACUCGCUCGCGCCCUUGACUGGCCCCUCGAUCGGCCCGAUCAUCGGCGGCUGGGUCGUGCAGGGCCUCAACUCGUGGCGCAUCAGCUUCUGGAUCACGCUCGCGCUCUCCGGCGCCACGGCGCUCGUCGGCAUCUUCAUCCUGCCCGAGACGUACGCGCCGCGCAUCCUGGCGGACAAGACGAAGCGCCUGCGCAAGGAGACGGGCAACGCCAAGCUGCACACGAUCUUCAUGCGCGAGGACGAGGGCUGGCGGCGGCGCAUGGCGCGCAACCUCGUGCGCCCCUUCAUCCUCAUCGGCACGCAGCCCGUCAUCCAGCUGCUCGCGUCGUUCUUCUGCAUCGUCUACGGCACGAUGUACCUGCUGCUCACGACGUGGAGCUCGACGUUUGUCGACGUGUACGGCGAGUCGGUCGGCAUCGCUUCGCUCAACUACCUGUCGCUCGCCAUCGGCUUCACGCUCGGCGGCCAGAUUGGCGGACGCGCCGUCGACCGGAUAUACCACCGCCUCAAGAAGCGCAACGGCGGCGAGGGCAAGCCCGAGUACAAGCUGCCGCUGAUGAUGUUCACCGGCUGGAUGGGCCCCGCCGGCCUGCUGCUCUACGGCUGGUCGGCACAGUACCGCGUGCACUGGAUCGUGCCGAACCUCGGCGGCGUGCUGUUCUCUGCGGGCAUGCUCUGCGUCUUCAACCCGAUGCAGAACUACAUCGUCGACUCGUACUCGAUCUACGCCGCCAGCGCCAUCUCGGCGGUGGCGUUCCUGCGCUCGCUCGCCGGCUUUGGCUUCCCGCUGUUUGCGCCGUCGAUGUUCGGCGGCCUCGGCCUCGGCUGGGGCUGCAGCGUGCUGGCGCUGGCGCUGGCCGUCGUGGGCCUGCCGGCGCCGUUCCUGCUCUUCCGCUACGGCGAGCGCAUCCGAGGCGCAAGCCAGUACUGCGCCGCCCCGCAAGGAUAAACGCUGGAGCUGCUGCCUGCAAUGCAUACACCAUAGACUGCACCAUGUGGGCCGUGGCGGGCUGCGCUGUGAGGCUCACGUCGAGGGUGCUGCUCGCAUCAGCGCACAAGCUCGGAGCUCUGCUCAGGUGCGCCGGAGUCGCGCCCGCAGCGCAUGCGGGG